UCCUGAGCACAGGUGGGCAUUCUGACAGGUGUCCAGGGCACGUCUCACCUCCAGUGCAUGCACGUCCGUGAAGCUGUGCUGAGCGGAGUGUGGUCUGUCAGCCUGAUGCUUGAAGAGGCAGUGGUGUUGGUGUCGGACCACGUCUUCAGCGGGGACACCCCAUCAGACCUGCCUCACCUCAGGGCUGUCUCGGGAGGACUUAAGUGGGGGAGACACCUUACAGACCAGGCUCCCUUUUUACAGACAAGGAGAUGAAAAGCCCCAUGAUUUGCUCUGGGACAUCCAGCUAGGAAGUGGUCAGCUGGCACUCAAGCCCAGACGGCCAGCUCCAGGAGUCUGAGGCACGUGCUGGGACAGUUCCCCUGGGCACCGGGAAUGAUCAGGCUUUAACCUGAAAAGAGGAGGGACAUAUGGACAGCAGGGGCACACAGCAGGUGAUCAAGAAUGACUGUUACUGGGGAGGAAGGCAGGGGAGCGAGGCACGCUCCAGACAGGGAGAGGUGGACUGGAGUGAGGAGACGGGUGCAGAGGAAAAGCGAUCCAGGCAUAAGAACAGUGACUAAAGAGGGAGAGUGCAGUGUGUUCUACAAAGAGCGGGGCAACGUUCCGACUGGUACAAAAGUUUCCAGCCAGAGACGACACUCUUCCAUGGCCCGGAUUCAUUCCAUGACGAUCGAGGCGCCCAUCACCAAGGUCAUCAAUAUCAUCAAUGCUGCCCAGGAAAGCAGUCCCAUGCCUGUGACAGAAGCCUUAGACCGUGUGCUGGAAAUUCUAAGAACCACUGAAUUAUAUUCACCCCAGUUCGGUGCUAAGGACGAUGAUCCUCACGCCAACGACCUCGUCGGGGGCUUGGUGUCUGUGAGUGUGCUGGCAGGCUGCCGCCUCGGUCCCGCUGCUCUCGCCUGUUUUCUGAGGCUGCUUGUUGACAGCCUGCCCCACACAGCGCUCUUUGUGUGCGGGGUCAGCCAAAGCCUAGAUCAUCCAUUGCCCAGGCUCAGCUGCCCUCCGGCUGAGCCGUCACCCACCUGCGGCCUGUCCGGGGGGGUGUGGGGUACAGCGGGACCUCAACUUGGAACAGAGGGAGGAGCGUGUUCAGGACAGCCAGCUUGUCUGCUGCGUUGGGUCUCCAUUUUUACUUAAGGGCUCUACAAGUAGUCGAUUUAAAUAAAAUUUGAAGAUUUUGAAAACUGGGGCAGAAAAAAAUAUGAAGUGUUUCAUACCACAUUACAGAACAAAAUGACUGGCUCCCUCCAGAGCAUCCUGUACAGACUAGGUGACAUCAUGGGAGGAGGCUGGGGGAUCAUGUGUUAGCUGGAGGCUCUGGCCCGUGGGCUCCAGGUGCCGCCUCCAGCCAUCUAGGAUAGAGGCCUCCAGCUCUGUGGGAAACAGACCAUUCCAUUACCAUCUGUCACCUUCUGUCUUGGUGACAAAGUUCAGAAAUAAAAAUUCACCUCCCUGCCUAAUUCCUGCUUGCUAAAGCCACUAGAUUUCAUACCAGUGAGGCUGUCAGCAGUCAUCAGAUGGGUGAUCACCGGGGAGCUUCAGUGUGUGCAUGUGGAUGGAGAAGGCUGCCCGCAGCUGUCCUAUGACCAGCUGACUGGAGGUUUUCAAGGAGUGAGGAAUACUUGUGAUUUCCCUGUUUCUUAUUUCCUUGAUUUUUAUCAGGAUGGUUUGCGAAGAUUAUCCGGGAAUGAGUAUGUUCUUUCAACAAAAAGUAAGUUUUUCCUUUAUAAUUUUUUGUAUUGCUAUUAGUAUUUUAGCUAAUACUACUGGGGCUUCCCUGGUGGCUCAGAUAAUAAAUAAUCUGCUUGCAAUGAAGGAGACCUGGGUUCGAUCCCUGGGUCGGGAAGAUCCCCUGGAGAAGGGAAAGGUUACCCACUCCAGUUCUUGCCUAGAGAAUCCAGAGAGCCUGGCAGGCUACAGUCCAUGGGGUUGCAGAGUCGGACACGACUGAGCGACUAAGUUUCAUUAGUAUUAUAGCCACACUUAAGUGAUGAAGAGAAAUUUUCAGAUAAUAAUUUUGAGGUUUUUUUUAAUCAGUAAGAAGUUUUUGGUUUAUCAUAAACCCUAAGAAACAAAGCAUCCGCCCCCAAAGAUCUACCGCUCCCCCUGAGGGACCGAAAUCGCCGUCAAGCCUGUUGAUUCUGUUCUGUUCACCCUGCAGACCUUCAGCAGGUUCCCAGCAGCAUCAUCGUCCCCGUCUCCCUUCACGAUGUCCCAUCACAGGUAACUCGGGCCAUGGAAAAGGAGGAAUACUGGGACUUCAAUAUUUUUGAACUGGAGGCUGCCACUCAUAAAAGGUGAGCCCAUGGAAGCUCAGCAGACAGGGAGUUUGAUUCCAAGGGCCAGUGUGGAGAAAGUCUCCCCGGGAGUGUAGGCUCUGCUCAGAGCCAGUCCCUGGUCAGGGAGGAGGCCCCAGGGAAAGAGCAAGAGGUACCUUGAGUCUCCAGGGCCUCGGCGUCAGCGAGGGAUCAGGGAGAAGCCAAGGGGAGUUUACCUGGCCAUGACUGCCGCAGAGAGAGCAAGUGUCGUAAGUCAGAGUCUGCAAGUAGCAGAGGUUUUCUUUUUGUAAGAUACAGUUAUUAAUUUCUCCUGUAGGUAUUAAGUAGUGAUAUGUUGACAUUGCCACAAAGAGCCUCACUUUAGAGCUCAGAACCAUUGGCAGUCCAGUGGUUAAGACUCCACGCUUCCAAUGCAGGGAUCUUGGGUUUGAUCCCUGGUCAGGGAACUAAGAUCCCACAUGCCACUCAGCACAGCCAAAUAAAUAAAUAAAUACACAGAUGUGCAUGCUGAUAAGAGCUGUCCCCAGAUCUUAGUUGCUGUGUUCGUGACAGGCAUGGGGACACUUCAGUGUCCUGACCUGAGUGUGGUCCCCAAGAGCAAGGUGGGAUUGGGUUUCCCCUCCCAUUUCAUACCUCUCUGGAGAACACUCAGC